GUCAAACUCGCGUGUGCUUACAAAGCUCCAGAUCAACGCCCACACUGCCAGUGGCAGACUCGGAGGUGCCAGACUCACAAGCUUGUCACUCUCGUUAAUCGACUGGUAUCAGUUGGUAUCUGUGCUGUCAUUCCAAGGGUCAAAUGAGUCACAUAGACUUACCUGUCAUCACAACCGGGGAUUCAAAAAAGCCCCUCAGCUCAGAGGAGUGCCCAUCUGACUAUUUUCCGGACGGAGGAUUCAGAGCUUGGGCCACUGCGUUUGGAGGCUUUCUUGUGCAAUUUUGCACGUAUGGAUACACAAUUUCGUUCGGCGUUUAUCAAGAUUUCUAUGGUCGGACUUAUCUAACGAACGAGUCUCCCUCAACAAUUGCCUGGAUCGGCAGUGUGAACGCCUUUCUUUUCGAAAUGUGUGGCUUGAUAAGUGGGCAGCUUUAUGAUCGAGGAUAUGUCCGUCAAUUGGUUAUAGGCGCAUCUCUCCUUCAAGUAAUCUCGCUGUUCAUGCUUUCACUUGCCAAACCUGAUCAGUACUACCAAGUAUUCCUUUCGCAGGGCAUCGGGUCAGGCUGCGCUGCCGGUUUGCUUUAUAUCCCCAGCAUGGCUGUUGUUUCGCAGUAUUUUCGCAAACGACGCGAAUUGGUGAUGACGUUCGUUGCUUCAGGAGCCUGCCUUGGCGCUGUGGUACACCCAAUCAUGUUAAACAAUACCCUGAAUGGCCGCAUUGGAUUUGCCAAUGGAGUUAGGGCUAGCGCUGCCCUUAUCAGCAGUUUGCUGCUCAUAGCAUGUUUCCUCAUCAAGCCAAGGUUCCCCCCAUCAAAGGCAUCAACAACAUUUCUUGCAACCGCAAAGAAAUGUGCUCACGAUCCUGCAUAUAUAUUUGGAACUGCAGGGUUGACUAUUUUUGCCGUCGGAUUCUACUAUCCCUUAUUCUACCUCCAGCUCGACUCGGCUAUGCACGGUCUCAGCAAAACGUUCUCAUUUUAUUCACUCGUAAUUAUGAACACAUCGAGUUUCGUAGGACAGCUAACAAGCGGCUUACUCGUUGAGUGCUUUGGUGUCCCAGCAGUGUCGACAGUUUCGACAUUUGCCGGCACUGUCUUACUUUUUUCCUUGAUCGGAUUGCGCACCCUGGCAAGUGUGGUGGUGAUAGGAAUCCUUUAUGGGUACAGUGCUGGAAUUUUUCAAGCGCUAUGGGCGCCAGUUCUAGCUGUCUUAUCGCCAGACCCAUCUGACCUAGGGUAUGCCCGUUCCUGAAAAG